UCUUUCAGGAAAGCUGAAGGUAAACAUGAACUAAACGACAAAACCUCCAGUUAUAACCUCGGAGUUGCAGCUUAUGCACGCUGUGAUUUCAGAAGUGCCCGAAUUUACUUCGAGUUAGCAUUGAAUGAAGCCAAACAGGCGGGGAACAAGUACAUAGAAGGCAGAGCAUAUAACAGCCUUGGUAUGGCGUAUGACCGUCUCGGUGAUCAUAAAAAAGCAAUCGAAUUUUAUCAGCAGUCUCUUAGUAUCGCAAAAGAGAUUGGAAACAAAGGUUCAGAGGGCAAAGCAUAUGGCAAUCUUGGCAAUGCGUAUCUGUCUCUCUGUAAUUAUAAAAAAGCAAUCGAAUUUUAUCAGCAGUCUCUUACUAUCGCAAAAAAGAUUGGAGAAAAAAAUACAGAGGGCAGUCUAUAUGGCAACCUUGGCAGUGCGUAUGACUUACUCGGUGACUGUAAAAAAGCAAUCGAAUUUCAUCAGCAGUCUCUUAGUAUCGCAAAAGAGAUUGGAAACAAAGUUUCAAAGGGUGCAGCAUAUAGCAACCUUGGCAUUGCGUAUCGCUGUCUCGGUGAUCAUAAAAAAGCAAUCGAAUUUCAUCAGCAGUCUCUUAGUAUCGCAAAAGAGAUUGGAAACAAAGGUUCAGAGGGCAAAGCAUAUGGCAAUCUUGGCAAUGCGUAUCAGUCUCUCGGUAAUUAUAAAAAAGCAAUCGAAUUUUAUCAGCAGUCUCUUACUAUCGCAAAAAGGACUGGAGAAAAAAAUACAGAAGGCAGUCUAUAUGGCAACCUUGGCAAUUCGUAUGGCUUACUCAGUGACUAUAAAAAAGCAAUCGAAUUUUAUCAGCAGUCUCUUAGUAUCGCAAAAGAGAUUGGACACAAAGGUUCAGAAGCGAGAGCAUAUUGCAGCCUUGGCAAUGCGUAUCAUUCUCUCGGUAAUUAUAAAAAAGGAAUCGAAUUUUAUCAGCAGUCUCUGACUAUCGCAAAAGAGAUUGGAGAAAAAAAUACAGAAGGCAGUGUAUAUGACAACCUUGGCAGUGCGUAUUUCUUACUCGGUGACUGUAAAAAAGCAAUCGAAUUUCAUCAGCAGUCUCUUAGUAUCGCAAAAGAGAUUGGAAACAAAGGUUCAGAAGGUGCAGCAUAUACCAACCUUGGCAGAGCGUAUCGGUCUCUCGGUAAUUAUAAAAAAGGAAUCGAAUUUCAUCAGCAGUGUCUUAGUUUCGCCAAAGAGAUGGGAAACAAAGGUUUAGAAGGUACAGCAUAUGCCCACCUUGGCAGUGCGUAUCACCGUCUCGGUGAUCAUAAAAAAGCAAUCGAAUUUCAUCAGCAGUCUCUUAGUAUCGCAAAAGAGACUGGAAAGAAAGGUUUAGAACAAUGUGCAUACAACAAUCUUGGUCUUAUUUUUGAAAAGCUUCGUGAUUUCCGUAAGGCUGAAGGGUGUUUUGAAUCCAGUAUAAAAGUGUUUGAGGAGAUGAGAUUUCUUCUUCAAGAGAAAGAUGAAUGGAAAAUCAGCUUUCGGGAUAAAUUAAAAACGUACAGUUGUUUGUGGAUUAGUCAGUUACGACAAGGAAAAACCAAAGAGGCACUUUUAACAGCUGAGAGGGGACGAGCGCAAGCUCUCGCUGAUCUCAUGGAAUCACAGUAUGGCGCAAAAUCAACUCCAUCAGCAUCAAAAGAGCAGAUUGAAAGAAUAACUAACAUUUCAAGCGUUAUUUCAUCGCCUACGACAUUUCUUGCGGAAGCUUUCGAGUCAGUGUUCUUCUGGGUGUUGCAAAAGGACCAAGAAUGGCAGUUUAUUAUGGGUAGAAAACUCAGUUAUACCUUGGAAGAUAUGACUGACAAAGCAUUCGAACAAAUUCGUGCUACUAAACCUGCCAGGUGCGAAGACCGUUCAUUAGAUUAUCCAGACAACGAAUCUAUUGAAGAUUUAUCCGAUAGGGAUGCCAAUGAAAAAGAAUUUACAUCGUUACAAGCGGGGGGUGAUGCUUUAAAGGAAUUGUAUGAUGUGGUUAUUGCUCCGAUUUCACCCUUGUUAAAAGAUGAGGAACUUAUCAUUGUUCCUGAUGGUGCAUUAUUCUUGAUUCCUUAUGCUGCCCUUCUGGAUCAAAAUUCCAGGUAUUUGUCUGAAACGCUGAGAGUUCGAUUGGCUCCGUCACUAACAAGCUUAAGGCUGCUGUCAGAAUGUCCAGAGGGGCGCCAUUGUACAUCUGGUGCCCUACUAGUUGGUGACCCGUGGAUUGAGACUGUGCGCCUUAAAAGCGGAGAAAAACUAAUAAGAUAUUUCCAACUCCCUGGCGCCGAAGAGGAGGUAAAAAUGAUUGGACAGAUAUUAAACGUUGAGCCUCUCACUGGAAAGGACGCUACAAAAGAACAAGUGCUAAGCAGGCUAAAAUCAGUUUCUUUAGUUCACAUUGCAGCUCAUGGUUCUGAAGAAAGGGGUGAAAUUCUGUUGUCACCUAAUCUGGGCAGCUCUGAACCUCCCGAAGAGAAAGACUUUCUUUUCACCAUGACAGAUAUGUUGGAUGUAAAAUUGAACGCCAAGCUUGUUAUCUUGAGCUGCUGUCACAGUGGGCGAGGAGAGGUCAAGGCUGAGGGCGUGGUUGGUAUUGCACGUGCUUUUUUAGGAGCCGGUGCGCGUUCUGUUAUUGCGUCACUUUGGGCGAUUGAUGACGAAGCCACUCUGGCGUUUAUGAGACACUUUUACGAGCAUUUGGUCAAGGGGCAGAGUGCAAGUAAAUCGCUUCAUGAGGCCAUGAAAAUGAUGCGAGAGUCAGACGACUUCAAUGCCGUGAAGUACUGGGCGCCAUUUAUGCUGAUUGGCGAUGACGUCACUUUAAAUUUCGACCAAUGA